AUGACCAUCGAGCAAAUGGACAAGGCCUGGGUCAGUUGCUGGCAAUGUGUUGACACCCUUCCUCUGGAUGCACUCAAGAUAUUGCUGUCGGCAUUAUCAAGACUGCCGUUUUCGGCGUCAACGGCGCCACCGCCAUUGUCUGCAAUCAGUAUAGCGGUAGGCGUAUUGCUUAGCCAUCACACGCAGUAUGGACUGCAUGAGGUAGCGCUAGAUGGCAAUGAUGGAACUCUUGAAGGCGUUGAAUUGGCCGAACGAGUUGUAGCGAGAUUGCUAAAAUUUACUUGGAAUUUGAAAAAAGACGACGUCAAAAAUGCUCUGGAUGAGAUGAUUGCCAAUGCAGACGCGAAUUUAAGCAUUCGGCUAACGACUCACCGUCCCGUCCGCAAUCGAUUGGCGACGUUACUUGGCGAGAUAGAGAAACCCUGGACCAUAAAGGUAAGGAACUGGGAGGUAACGCAGACACGGCAACGUGUGCUUAUACCAGAUUGGCGCCACCCAACGGUGGCCUGGCUAGCAGACUAUAAGAAUUUUCAGCCGAUCUUACUUCCUAAAUUGCAGCCUUCAGGUACCAACAAUGGGCGAGUUUUCGAAAGCACUGAUGAAUAUUUUUUGACAAUUUUACAAUUGUGGAUCGGUAUGACGUUUGUGGAAGGCAACAAUGCGUUACUGCCGCAUUGUACUGUGAGAGCGGGUGACAAAAUGUGCGAUCAGCCACUUUGGCCAUUUCCGGGCAAACAUGAAUCUAUCAAGUGCAAAAAUUCACAGUGCAGUGGGUCUGCUACGUUUUUGUGUGCGCAUAAGCAGCACGCAAAGGGGAUUUGCAACAUGUGUGCAUCAGAAUACCAGCGGCGACUUAGCGGUCCUCCGUCAAAACACGCGUCGACCCAUGUUUAUGAUGGUUUUAUAGCUCAGGUGAAAUACGAUGGCACCAUGUCUAUCGAGCAAGUAGCAUCGCGUCGCCCGCCAUUGACAACAAUUCAUUGGAAAACGACGAAGCGUUUGUCUAGCUCAAACCUCAUCGGAAUCGUACGACUUGGAAAUCGGGCGGCAUCGUUGAGAGCAACGGAUGACAUUUACUGGGCUGAAGUCAUUUUCCAGGGUAACAGCUUCGAUGAAUACAAAGUCCGUGAACGAGGCUGCCUAACUUUGCGUAUGCUUCAGUAUCUUGAAAAUUCAGGAAAUGCCAUCAUGUCACACAAUCCUGCUGUCGGGGAUGCAGUGGCUAUUAUUGAUUGUCAGACCUUCGUCCCCGAGUUCAUUCCAGUCCUGAUAGCAUUGGAGAAGCAACGUCAGAUGCCAGUACCAUUCCAAAAUGGUGCUUUACUGAACUUAUGUGGGCAUACAAAGUUGGAACAAAACUCUGACCUGGAUACAGCAAAUAACGGCGAUGAUAAUGACGAUGACAUUGAUGCGUCAAAUUCGGAGAAUAUUCGACGGGAUGCUGUACAACGCUCUCGUUUGGAGAGCUCUCUGGAAGUACUUGUCAAGGGGGCGACACUUGAUCCUGGACAAUUGAAAAGCUUCGCAGAGGCUUUGAUAAAUCCAGUACAUUGUACACAAGGACCUCCUGGUACUGGCAAGUCGUAUCUGGGAGUCGUUGUUGUCCGGGCUCUGCUGAUCAUUCGUGACAUUUGGAAAGCUAAGAACUGCGAAAUUGGAGACCCUCCAAUCUUAGUUUUAUCGUACAAAAAUCAUGCAAUUGAUGAAUUUCUACUGGACCUGCUUCGAUCAGAGCCUACCUUAAAUAACACUACAUUUGGCUAUCGUAACAAACAAUUGAAAAAACUUGUACGUAUAGGCGGAAGGAGUAGCGAACCAAUGCUGGAGCCAUACCGUGAACACAACCUUGCCUUUUCUGAUCCUGAUGUUCACCAUGUUAAACAACGAUUAGAUGAAUGUCAAGGACUUCGCGACCAAUGGCAUCAGCUCCGAGAUUGCUUUGCACCAAUCUAUGAGGCUCAUCAAGCUGUCGCUGACGGCUUAGAGUCGCUGUGUCAAGACAGGCGCAUAAUUAUACAAAGAGCUGUACCAGCUAUAUCGUCUGCGGUGGCAACACUUCUAAAAAUUUCUGAAAAUUUGAAGGAGGACAACAAAGAAAAUGUGCUAGCUGUUGAAGACGCGAUCGAAAAUCUUGAUGAAGAAAAUGAAAGCAUCCAAGCCGGUGUUAGCAAAUGUGGAUAUAGCAGGAUUUGGCUUUCAGGUUUCUGUCCCCUACCCGCGUGUGCGUACGGCGAAUCGUGUUCGAUUGUCAGCUCUGAUAAAAGUUUAUAUUGUCGUGAGCAUUCGUGCAUGUUUACAAAAAACGAUGAACAGUUUUGUUUGAGUCGAGUUGUUCACAAGCGUUCUUUUUGUCUACAGCAUUUGUGUUCAGCAGAUAUGUGCGAAAGUUCCCGGAUUAAUGAAUCUCAAUUGUUCUGUCAUGACCACGCCUGUUUCGUAUGCUUAGCCAAAGACAAAGUGGCAGAUUUCGCCGUCGGUGAACCACCUCGCAAUACGUGCGACUGUCAUCCGCUUUGUUGGCGUCUGGAUAGCAUGUGUGCUGAAGUUGCGGAACCGGGAACUUCGUACUGUAAAAUGCACGCUGAAGACUUGUACUGUAAGCAAGAGGCUUGCGGUGAGACAGCUAUAACCGGGCAGUAUUGUAGUCGUCAUUACGCGGAUGCGAUAGCAUUGGCUCAGGCAAGCUCGGAAAAGUGUGAAGCCCGGACUAGAAAGGGUCGUCCCUGCAAAGGGAAACCACUAGCAGGCUCAAAAUUUUGCAGGGAUCAUGUGGCUCUUGGUAUCACGUUUGCUGCGCCGCCGAAGGCUAUUUUUUACGCUGAGAAGCCUGCUGAGCAGUACGCUGACCUGGCAAAAACUCUUAUGGUGCCAUCGCCAAAUGAUCGACACAUCGAGCCUUCAAAAUUGAUGCGCGCUGAUGAAGUAGCGGAAGAUGAAAAGAUAGACGAAUCAAAUAGCUCAGAUAACGACGAAACUGAAUUUGAAGAUGCUAUCGAAUUUGCCAAUGAGGACGAAGUGGAGGAAUCAGAACACUUGCAGCAUUUGCGCGAUGUGUAUGAGAUUGGAAAUGAUACUGUAGUUGGGAUUGAUCUUGUGGAUAAGGCUGUAGAAGAGGCGGUGCCGUGGGUGUGUUCGAAUCAGCUCGUGACGAAGCCACAUCUAUGGCAUUGGAAUAUGAUUGUAGAAGAACGCUGGAACGCCCUAUUUUCAGUUUUGGGUUUGUGGAGUAAUAUAAGUACUCGAUUGCAACUUGAGUUUUCUAAAGAGUUUGAACGCUUAAAAUUCGAGCUGGAGCGUGAAAUACUCCGCGCUUCUUCCCGGGUAUACGAGGGAAAAGCUAUCAUUGCUGGCACAAUUACGGGAUGUGUGUCUCGCCUCGAAGCCAUUCGUACGACAAAUCCGUUUGCAAUAUUGGUCGAAGAAGCCUCCGAAGUGAUGGAGCCACUACUUGUGUCAUGUUUUAGCUCAUCAACGCGUAAGCUAGAAAUGAUUGGAGACCAUUUUCAGCUACAACCCUCGGUCAUGGGCAGAAUUGACUUUGAGCGAAUAAACAAGAUCAAUGUUUCCUUGUUUGAGAGAUUGAUAAAAGCUCCCCACGGAUAUCGAGUGCCAUCUUCUGUUCUUUCAAUUCAGCGCCGUAUGCGCAAGAGCAUAUGCGAUUUAACUCGCAAUUUUUAUGACGAAAUUACGUCGAUUGAAGACCACCCCGUUUGCGGAACGAAGGUGUUAGGGGGUGUAAAAAGGAAAUCCGGGACGGUGCCACUUUUGGAUUUAUGUGAAGGGGCUGGACGGGAGGUGCCUGGUGUCUCGCCGCAUAUUUUCUUUUGGACCCAUUCGGGAAGACAGGAGCGAUCUGAUAUCGGUAUUUCUCGAGUAAAUAAGCAGGAAGCCAAGAUGACGUGCAAACUCGUCCAGUAUUUGGUGCAUUGUGGCGUUCCUGCCUCGUCAAUCGCAGUUCUGACCCCGUACAAAGGGCAGUUAAAGCUGAUGCAGAAGAUGCUCGUGUCUAUAUAUGAUCCCAAAAUGAUAACAAGAGGACGAGAUACGCGUCUCAUUCCCUCUUGCUUUCUGUCAACUGUAGAUCGUUUUCAAGGCGACGAAGCCGAUAUCGUGAUUAUAUCGCUUGUCAUCGAUGGCAAGUCUCGCACGUCUUUUGUCAAGCUUCAAAACCGCAUUAUCGUCUUACUCAGUCGUGCACGUCUGGCCUUAUAUGUUAUGGGUAAUAUUGAGUACUUGGUGAGACGAUGCACUGGCAGAAAACGCUUGGUCUUCUUGAAAAAAAAGCCGAGUCUGAUAACACAAUCGACGAUUGUACAACAUAUAAAGGGUGCCAAAUUGGUGCGGCGCUUCCAAUCUGCUGCCCUGCACAUCGAUCAUCCGUGGCAAUGGCUUACGAUGAGUGUGACUUAA